ACUGGUGGGCCCUGGGGCGCGGCGAUAAGGGUACCCCUUGGUGCCCGCGCCCCGCCCCGCCGGGGGCAGGCGCUAGAGGCAGGGCGACGCCCUCCGCCCCGGGGCCACGGCCUUUCGCCCUCCCCUCGAGUUCCCCUCCCUCCCCGCGGGGAGGAUGCGGAGGAGGCGGCGGGGCUGCUCAGCACCCAGGGGCACGGCGGAGCUGGCGGGGACAUGAACCCCGGGGGCGGCCGGGCGCUGGGGCCGCUCCUGUUGCUGGGGCUGCUGCUGCAGUGCGCGGGGCGGCGGCGGGCAAUUGUGAGCAGAUCAGUUCCAGACGUCUGUUCAACUUGCCACAUUCAUGCUACAUGUCAUCAAACUGAAGGAAAAAGUGUCUGCAUCUGUAACUAUGGAUUUGUAGGCAAUGGAAGAACCCAUUGUCAAGAUAAAGAUGAAUGCCAGAUUGGAGCCAGCAAGAUCUGUGGAAAUCAUACACUGUGUCAUAAUACACAUGGAAGUUUUUACUGUGUUUGCCUUGAUGGGUACCGAGCCUCCAACAACAACAAGACAUUUAUUCCUAAUGAUGGCACGAACUGUACAGAUAUAGAUGAAUGUGAGGAGUCUGGGCUGUGUGGUCGCAAUGCAAGAUGUGUGAAUACUGAAGGAAGCUACAAGUGUUACUGCAAUGAUGGUUAUAAAUUAGAAAAUGGAGAGCUUUCUUUUCAUCCAGAUGGGAACAUAGUUUCAUGCAAAGAAAUUGGAUGUGGUUCCCCUCCUGAAAUGAAGCAUGGCUACAUUGUGGGGAACUACAGCUUGCUACCAGGAAGUGCGGUUCAUUAUGAAUGUAAAGAAGGGUUUUACAGCAACGAGGGAAAGUUCUCAUAUUGCACCGCAAAUGAAACUUGGGAACCUGCCACUCUAAGCUGUAAAGAAAUAGAUUGUGGCAAACCUGUGCUGAUUCCACACGCAGAAAUGAUCUGGCACAACUCUACCACUCUAUGGAGCAGAGUGUACUAUCGGUGUAAAGAAGGAUAUUAUUUUGAUGGAGACAGGAAUUUUUCAGAAUGCACAAUGGAUCAGACAUGGGAGAAUAUUACAUACAUAUGCAAAAAAGAGGAAUUAUUCAGUAAUUUGUCCAUAUUCAAUGAAACGUGUGUGAAGUGGCAAAGGAAAACUGGAAGACUGGGAGCACAGGAAAUGUACACAUUUCACAUACUGGGCCAAAGAUGGGAUGAGAAGACAUUCUCAGAAGAUGCAAUAUUUAACAUUACUACGAGUGAAGAUAAUCCAAAGGUGUGCUUAGAUCUCAAGUCUGGCAGUAACUACGUGGUGAAUAUUACUACCCUUUCUUCCACAAACAUCACUGUCUCGGUUACAGUAGCAGUUCAAACAAAGGUAAAAGAAGCAUUCAAUAAUGUAUUAAUUUUUAAUGAUACCUGCUUGAAAUGGCGGAGAAAUGUCAGGGGAACUGAAGUGGAAGACAGAUACUCAUUUCAUGUGCAAGGCCAGCGUUGGUACCAGAAGGAGUUCUUUCAUGAAAUUACUUUCAACCUUACUACACGCAAGCAGGAUCCAGAAGUUUGUUUUGAUUUGCAGCCAGGCACCAAUUACUCUGUUAAUAUUUCCAUGGUAGCUCUGAAUUUUUCACUGCUUGUUUCCAUGGCAACACAAAUAACAGAUCCCCUUUUCCCAGAUGUAGAAUUUGUUGCUGUAAAAGGUUCUGCACCCUUGCUCAGACUCCGGAAAGCAGAAGAACGAAAUGGACCGAUCAGUCUUUAUCAAGUGAUUGUGCUUCCUCUGGGUUUGCAAAGCACUUUUAUUUGUGACUCCUUUGCUGCUGCAACUUUCUUUAAUAACACCACUGACGUUAAAGGAUAUGUGGCAGCUGAAUUUCGGGCGAAGGAUGUUGCUGAUAACAUGUCAAUUGCUCUUGGAGACAGACAUUACUAUGGGAAGUUUUAUAAUGCUCCUUUAAAGCUGGGAGAAGAUUAUUGCGUUUUUUUGAGAAUAAUAAGUGAGUGGAAUAAGGUGAGAACACAGUCCUGUGCUGUUUGGGCACAAAUUAAAACUUUAUCACCCACUCUGCAAUACAUGACUGCUGUUGGAUUAGGGUCAGUUGCUGCUGUCUGCCUUAUACUGUUCCUGUCAUUCUCAGCAGCACGCUCUUAUCUCCACAGCACAGUGCACUCCCCAUCUGCUGCUUUAGACUGUGAGGCUGUACAUUUAUCGGCUACAAUGGACAUGGCACAAACAGGGACUGCGUUAUCAUUCCCAGAGAAUGAAAAUGUGUCUCUUCUCUGAUGUGUUAUCCCCUGAAGUGAGCAUAGAAAAAAUGCAUUCUUCUUACCAAAGCCAGCAUCUGUCGGGUAUGGAUGUAUCUCCACGGCACAUAUGUACUAUAGCACGAGAAGCUGAAUCUGUUUGUUACUGGAAGUGAGGUAUUUAUUGUCCCCCGUUGUUUUCACAUGGUGUGGUGUAUAAAGGAGAACCUUCCCUCACAAACAGGUUUGUGUCAGAGGCAUUAGCAUGUGUCCCAUAUGUUGGCCACAGGCUUUCAGCUAUUCCAGCCACGUGAAUGCCUGAUGAGUGUCUGUAUUCUGCUUUAUUAAAUGAAUAAUCCCCUGAUCCAGCUGAGACUCUCUGGGGGUCGACUUCUACUUUAGAUACCUUGGGACACACAAACUGGCCCAUUAUGGGAGAAAAUAAAGAUCAACCCUUACAUCAGAUAAAGUGCCUAUUGUAUUUCCAAGUAUAAAUGUAGAAGACUUUGAUCAAACACUUACAGGUAAUGGUACUUCAAUAACAUGUACAGGUUUGUUAGCCAUGAAAUUGUCACAUUUAAGUAGUGUCAGCAACAGAUGUGUUCCAGAGAUACUGCAAUCAUUGCUCAUAGCAAUUAGCAAUAAUUGCAAAUAAUAUACCAAUCUAUAAAACUGUAGUUUGCCAAAAAGCUGAGUAGCUUUAAUGGCAUGUGAAACUAAUUUAAAUAAGGAGGUACCUGUGUUAAGUGCAGUUUUGUUAAUCUCCAUUCUAUAAUUGUAGCCAAGUAAAGCCAUUAAAUCAUUGUCUGGUUAAUGAGCUGGUGUGUAACAUCUGGUUAGAGACCCUUAAUAAAGUACAAUUAACUAAUUUCCUAUGGCAUACUCCCAGUUAAUAUUUUUUCCUUCUGUAAGAAAGAACCAAAUGCCUUUGAUUACUUCCACUCCUGUUCAGAAGUUGUUUUGAAAUGUAUUAGCAAAAUCAUUCUGUUUACUAGUGAAACGAAGAAGCAAGAGUUUUGGGUUUUACUCAGUUUUGUAAUUUUUUCCAGUUAUGUUUUGUGUUUUACCACUUUCAAUAUAUGAUACCCAUUUUUGGAAUUCUAAAUGUUUCUGAUUCCUGAUGGUUUUAGAAUUUUAGACAUUCUGUGUUUCUAGGUUGUGUUACUUUAUUUUAGGUGUUUGAAAGGGUAUUUUGAAGUGUAGCAGCAGACAGUGGGUAACAGAGAGGAAUUACAAUGAAAGUUAUAUGAGAGAGCUUUUAACUGCUGCAUCUAACAGAGGUGCUUUUUUAAGAUCUGGGCAGACACCAUUUCUGUUAUCCAACAUUUCCACUGCUUACUACAUCUGCCCUGCAAGUUAGUAAGUUUUCAGUAGUUAGUAGCUGAGUAAGAACACCCUUGUCUACACCAGUCAUUAAGAGUUCGUAAUGUUUUCUUUCACUGAUUGAGAAGAACAAUUUAACUGUUCAUACUGGGCUACUAUUACCUAAUUUUUCAGUUUCUCCUGCAGAAUUCAUUCUCACACAUUCUGCUUGUAAUUCCCUUUCUCAGUGGAAUAGGUUGCCAAGGUGUGGCAUAGCAGUACAAACUGUACCACUUCAUUCUGGUUCAUUCUCCUGCUGCUCUGGUCCUGUGAGAGAGUUCACGGACAGCGGUUCCUGAAUAAGGGAGAGCAGGAGGGGCAGGAAAUGAUUUAAAGGGGCAGACAUGCCAUCCUCUGUGAAAGAAAAGUCUCUUCACCUUUUACUGAGACCAGCAGUGUUCCAGUACGUUAUGCAGGACUGGGAAAAUAAAGUCCAUCUUGUCAGUGGGUGUAGUUGGAAAGCUGGAUGUCUUCAUUUAACCUUCAACAAGUAUUUUCUAUUUUAUUCUCUGUGUGCAUCUUCUUUACCUAGCUUGUCUUUUCAUAAGGUAAAGUUUCCAGAGCAAGGUUUCUUCUUACCAAACAUCCACACUUGUGCUGGGACUUAUAUAAUGUAUUUAGCGACUCAUUUGGACAUCUCUGCACAGCAGGGCGGUGCAGUGUAUUAAUACCCAGGAACGGACUGAUAAGGGAGAAGCAAUGAGGCGGGACUCCCUGCCAUCUUAAGUUCUAAACAGCUACAAUCCUGCAAGUUUCCUUCUUUCGCUCUGCCUCAUUUGUCACUCUUGGCAGACAUACCUCUGGCUGUGAGCCUGUCUUCAUCUGUCGUGUACUUAUCUUUCUUCCAUCUACAUCUGUUUCAGUUUAAUGUGGGAAGCAUGGAGAAGUAAAUUAGCCUUGUCCUCCUCAGAUAAUUGUGCAAAUAUUAACAAUUUGUUUGUUAGAGGCUCUCUAUUUCAGAAACAUUGUUCUGUUGCUCCCAAGCUUUUCAAUUAUAUUUUUUAGUUAUUUCUUAGGAAAGUAAAAAAGUUUAAACAGUAGGAAAUUAAGAUGUAGCUAGACUAGAAGAAGGUUCUUGAAAGUUCUACUCAGAACAACUAUUACAGGCCUGGACAGAAAGAACAACAUCAAAUUAUAGUGGCUGUACUUACUUUUGUCCAUUACAGAAGCAAGGUUGUACAGUGAAAUUUAUCUGGUUUAAGAGUAUUGCUAAUGAAGGCCAGUUCUCUGACAUUUCUUUAGUAGGAAAUACACCAUGAUGCUAGAAAGAUUUUCACUGCAAAUACUAACCUUUAGAUGUCUGAUCAGAUAGCUGGUUUACAAAAACACUUCUUAGGAGAAGAUGGUCCUAGCAGAUUCCACUUUGAACAGGGCUUUGGAGUGAGAAGUGUCUGUUUGUAGGAGUACUUUUGUUACUCAGCUUUAUAAUCCUUACACUCAAGUUUAUGGAGUGAUCUAGCAGCUCUAUUUUAUACGUAGCAUCGUGUCGAACUAAUUGCAACAUUGAUACCACACACCCUUAUGGACUGAGAAAUUCUAGAGACAUUUCUAAUGAUCCUUCACUGGUGUUCCUUCAGUUAACACUGAAAUUCUCCUUUUUCUUCCGAUUUUUUUUGCUCUGCUUCCUCAGAUGUGUUCCACACCCAGGCCAAGUAAGGUAAAGCCAGCUGAAGUUGCUCUGCUUUUACUGCAGAUCUGUACCCAUGCAUGGUGCUAUACUGAGAAACUGUUUGGUUUAGACACAUACCAACGUCUGCGUUAUCUCUAAGUGUUUUCAUCUGUAGAAGAAACAGGAAAUUGUUAGCCCUGGAUAAACAAUUCUGUGUAACCUUAAGUUAAACUGUUUUUUCUUUUAUUCUGUAAUAGUGAGGUAGCAUAAAGGUUACUGUAAAAAUCCAGCAUUUAUGCAGGUAAUUGUGAUGGUGUGUCAAAUGAAAAACCAUUUAUUAUAAAAUACAUCUUCUGCUACAUAUCACUGAUGGGUCCUUUAAAUCUUUUGGUGAGAUUUCUUUGUUUUGGGCAUGAUAAGGCACAGCCAGAAGCCAUCCAAGCUCGUUUGUUUGUUCCAGUAUGUAUAGUCUCAAUCAAUUGUACGUACAGGGCCAGAUAUGUGGGCCAGUAUGCUCCUUGUUUCUAUGUGUAGUCUCAGAUUUAACUGUUCUCAGUCACCAUUCCUGUUUUCCCAGGUCUUGCACUAUUUUGCAGGGCCAUUUAAUACUCAGCAGAAUUCAGCCAUAAUCCAGCAUGAGCUGUCAGAUCCAUGAUCUCUAGCCCAGAUGGAAGUAUUUCUUUUCCUAGUGACAGCAUUGCUAGGGAGUUACAAAAGUCUCUGGGGAAAAGAAAAUAAAAAUCUAAUGGUUGCGUUGUUUUCAAGGACAGAGCUGCUGCCUUCAGAUGACGUUCAGAGGAGACCCUGAGAAAUCAUUUGGUGAUCUCAGUGCUGAGGUCUAGUGGAAAGGAACAAGUGUCAGCACUGCAAAAGUACCUCCACAACAGCAGUUCCUAGCAGCAGGAGAAAUGCCUCUGUGGGCAGCACAGACAUGUGUUCCUUUUGGCUCUGACAGAGGUGAGGUCUGAGGAGGCAGAGAGUGAUGACAGUAUUUGUGGUUUGGCUAUUAUGGAGCUACUUCCAUUAUAGGGUUAACAAAAACAGCACCUUCAUGGUCACAAAAAAAGGGGAACUUGCUCUUGAAGUUUUGUUUUUGCUCCUCCUCCCCUUCCCCAAACGUUUGUGUGUAUUUUGUCCAGAAAUACAGCUUUUUUUCCUGCAGUUUCACAGAUGAAUAAGGAAGGGUGACCCUUUAUUGGUGUUUUCCCACCUUGAGGAAGUACAAUUGAUUUAUUUCAGUUGCAGUUCAUGUUUUAUGUUCCCUGGUGUCCUCGUUGGAUCACGAUGAUGUGAAAAACUGUAUACUUUACGUAUGUAUAAUACAUGUUUAUGUAUAUAUGUAGUUUGUUCUGUUUCUUCCAUCUCACUUACGAAGUAAUUGAAGUUAUAGUCAGAAUUUCACAGCAAGGGUGGGGAAGUUCAGUAUCUGCCACCAGGAGUACAAAAAAUAUUAAUAGAGCAACAAAGAAAGGAUUAUAGAAAUAAAGUCAGUUCUUAAUAGAAGGUAAUUUCCAAAGGCCCAGAUUUUCCUAAGCAACUUUUAUCCUGGAAUGUUUUAGCGUGACUUUGAUCACAGUUCAUAUAAAAGUCUCUCCUGCAGCCAUCCUGGAGAAGUGAAAAGAGAGCAAAAUGGAUUGGAGUAGUCCGGUGAAGAUGUUUCAGGCUAACAGGCACAAAUCAGCUGUGCCAAUACAUUACAUAAAGCCUAACAUAACAAGAAUGUAGGGGUGGUAUAAGAUGGUUCUCAGCUUUCCCUUUUAGCUGUGUAAAAUGACCUACUCGGUUUGGCUCUUGGCUAAUGAAGAUGAUAAGAAAUUCCAUUUUGUUUUGUAUUCCUCUGAAUUCUUGCUAUUUUAUUUCCAUGUGUACAAUUGUCCUUUCCUAUAACCUGGAAUAUUCAUUCAGGCACAAAAAAAGCAGAGCCAGGUGAAUGUGGAAUGCCAAAUAAGUAACAAUUGCAAUUAUCUGCCCAGAGGGAAGGAAAUACUUCUUUAAUAGUAGUUCUGCAUUUUUGCAGUAUACCAGUCCCUUACCGGCAAAUGAAUAAAAUUAUUUUUAUGUGAUUAUGCAGUAUGUUUCGGAAUGGUGAUUUGAGUGUUUUGUGGCUAAAUGAAACCUGGCUCCUUCCAGUUCUGUCAAAUACUACCUUAGUUCCUUUAUUCUUCAUGGCUUUAACCUGCCAGAUGUUCAUUUUUAUUAGAAUAAAACAGGCUCAAAAUUGGGCAUGCAUCCAGAUAUUCUGAGGAAUUCAGCAUUCUGCCCCAUAUUUUUGUGAAAUUCCCUUGAAAUUAUGGAAUUAUCCAGGUUCUCACCCUGAGCAACUUAGCAUUAUUCUUUUUAAACUUAGUGCAAUUAUAUAUAUUUACAUUAGUUUAGAAUCUGCUCUUGUGUUUUGACUCAAAAUAGAAAGAGGAGACGAGAGAUGAGUACAUUGUGCGUUUUCAUGAGGAGAUUGAAAGCAGUAGCUGUAAGAAUGUUUCCUAGUAUGGCUGUGCCAGUAUCCAACAACUCUUCAGCAGUACUAUUAUUUAUCCGCUCUUUGUCUGCACAGGAGCUCAGUGUGAAGCAAGGUAGAUGGGAAUUUCCAGCUGUACGUUGCCUUUGUGGCGAUUCCCUUUCUUGUUCGAAGGUGCAAUUUCAUCCUAUUUUUGUUUUUCCUUCUUAAAUGAUUUUUCUGUUUGUCAGUCGAACAGUGUUUGAGAUUAAGUAGGAUUGUUUGAGUUAGUUUAGGAUCCUGUUGAUCUGUUCUGCAUUUUGGUGGGACUCCUGGGAGUUUGUUUUAUUUGUCCAACAUCCUGAUAAUUACUGCAGCAGAACUGAUUCAUAUUUUUCAACACCCCAGACUGUUUGAACACAUUUUCAUGUAUUGGCUUGGGGCAUUUUGCAAUGAAAAGCCACACCAUCUUUGAUAAGGUAUAACAAGUAUUUCUUAUCUGAGAAUAUGACUUAAUGCAAGUACCAGUUCUGGCUUUGCCUAGGUUCAUCCUCCAAAACAAAAGGCAGAGUUCGUGCACUGAAAAGGGAUUUCAUGUAGAGUGACAAAGUAAAGCUUAAGUGACAGUCAUUUUGUAAUCACAGGAGCGAUGAACCCAGAAUACUUUGUAGAGUAUCAGCAAGCAAGAAUACUACCUUAACAUGAGAAGUGAUCCAGUUUAAUCCCAUUUAGAUGUCACUCUGUUCUGCAUUUAUCCAUAAACAUGUCCCAGCAGAUUAUAGUAAAUCAGUAUGAUAGUGAAAUACUUUUGCCUCCAUGCAUUUAAUCUGGUACCUGGCAUUUCCCUUCCCAGAUAUUUUCCUCAGAAGUCUGUCUUGGGUAUUGAGUAAUUGCUUCCUGUGUUUAGUCAUACCCUAAAAUAUUCUUCUGUAUGGGUAAAGUCUCUGUAGUUGGGAUAUGCUUCUCCAUAGGAAUAAUGGCCUGAUGAAAACAGUUUGAAGUGCUUUGGUACAGUUUGUGGAAACUGCCAUACCUAAGAGUGUUAUUUCACAAUGCUGGCCCUCCGCUCUCUGGAUAUCAGGAGCUUAUUCUUUGCCUUUUUUUUUUUUUUUUUAAGAUUUCCUGUCCCUUUGGAAAAUCUUAGCUCUGCAGCCUCUAAUAGCCUGGAGCGCUUACCCCAAAUUUCACUUUUUUAUCCCUUGUCGUUGUUAAGGUAUGCUUUGCUGUGGGUGGAAUAUGAGUCAAGAUGUAGAAUCGUAGAAUCCUAGAUUAUCUCAUGUUGGAAGAGACCCAUAAUGAUCACUGAGUCCAACUCCCUGCUCCUCGCAGGACUACCUAAAACUAAGCCAUAUGACUAAGAGCAUUGUCCAGACACUCCUUGAACUCUCACAGGCUUGGUGUCGUGACCACUUCCCUGGAGAGCCUCUUCCAAUGACCGACCACCCUCUCAGUGAGGAACCUUUUCCUCCUGUCCAGUCUGAACUUCCCCUGACACACCUUCAUUCCAUUUCCUUGUGUCCUGUUACUGGUCACCUGAGAGAGGAGAUCAGCACCCCUCUCCCGCUGCCCUUGCUUGCUUGGCAUCACUUUGUCUGAGCUAAUUUGUGUUAAUUCAAUGUUCCUUGUGCAUUACUUACUGUAAGUAACUGUUUCACAGUUUUACUGUUUUCUAAAGAAACAAGCCUGCUAAAAACUCUCUCCACUUCCCCAUAAUGUCUUUGCCCCCAGGCACAUUCAAGAGCAACAGGAAUCACAAAGUCAUGUUGUGAGUUUGGUGACAGCAGGCAGUUGAGGACUAGAAUCCAGCCGCUGUUCUUGUCAGACACCAGAGAACCCACUGCACAAGUAAAUGAUGUUAUAAAUGCUCUGUCCAUGCUUUAGGAAACAUGUAAUACAGAAGAAUUCACUGCACAUUCUCUCUCUUACAUGCAAACAGCAAUGAAAAUUUUUUACUGCUUAGUAUGCAGUCAGUCUCAAGUGCCUGCUAAAAGCUGAGCUCAUGUAACAGCAAUGCUCAGGUUCUCUUAGAAACUCAGAUCAACCACAAGAUACAAAUCCAAGGAAAGCCAGGCUUGGUUGAGCUCAGUGUUCACAGAUCUGCAUGUUAUCUAAACCCUUUCAGCAUGCCUGCAGGUUGUUCCCUGUAGGCAGAUUUAAACAAUUAUAGAACAAUGGUUUUUUAAAUACUCAUUUACAGUGUUAAUUCUUAAAACAUGUUAUGAGCAUUGGAAAAUCAGUGGAGCUGAAGGCAGCUGUCAGAGUGAAUCACUGAAGUGUUUUUCACUAGAAAAGAGCAGUGAUGUUCUCUGAACUCAUCUCUGAAUAGAAGAGGAAAAAAAAAAUGCAAGUGCAAGCUUUCCUUAGGUAGGUCUUACCUGGUAGCUACUGGUCCAGAAUGAUGACGUGUAGGCAGAAGAAGAUUACAGGCAGACUCAGUCCUCCUCAAGGAACAUGUUUUCCCAGUGCUCUGGUGUUCUGGGAAAGAUGGGCAUGGCACAAACAAUAUCCAAGGAACAUGCAGUGCAUAGAAGGUUUACCAGCCAAAUCUUGGUGUUCAUAUGAAUAGGAGGAAGCAGAUAGAUUUGUGCAGGUAUGCUGUAGUGAACUGAGUAGUGUAAAAGAUUUUAAAUGUGAAGACAGGUAACACUUAGAUUCAUUGAGUCAACAAAAGCCUUUGCAUCUCAGACUUCUACGGUGGGCUUUUAAAUGUGGCCUCUAAACCAUUCUUUUCAUGCCACAUUCAUGCCCUUAGACAUUUAUGUUCUUUCCAGGAACUGUGCUGAGUCUGCAGGUGCCUGCAUCUAUAAGGCUCUGUAUUAAAGGCUGCUCAUUACAGGUCCUCAUGUGUGUGAGCUGCGAUUUAUUAUUGUUUUUGCAGCUUAUAGUAUUUGCUAAUUCCACUGUUGCCUGGCUCUAGCAAAAUUUUGCUGCUUUUUAAUGAGUAAUCCAAGAGAAGUCUCCACUUCAGUCUUAGCCUUUCUCGUAGAUGCAGAAAUCUGCCUACUGGCUGCUGGGAAAUCACAGGCUACAGAUACACAAGUCUUGAAACUGCAGAAGCAGCAGGUUUCUUUUCAGCCAUCCCCGAGCGCAAAUAACUAUAAUUAGUCCUUGUUUUUCCAAGUAAGAAGCAGCUUUCAAAACCAGUAUAAAUCUUUCUCUUCCUGUCUUUGACAUCCUCAAGCAGCAUACUGUUCUCUGACUUACACUUUGUUACCUUUUUAUCUUGUAUUAAUUUUCUCCUACAUUAUAAAUGAAAUUCAUUUCCCUUUGUCUUCUUCUCAAUGGAGUCAAUGUCCUGUGGGAACAUACGACUGUGUUUUUUUCCUUUUUGUAGGGAGGGGGGAGUGAUGGCUCUUUUCUGCUGGGGCAAAAGAAAUAAUCAUCAGUUAGACCCCUAGGAAAUACAUUAUAUUUAAAAGGUCUUCCAGCCUGAGGUGUAGAUGAGGAUCUCAAAUGUGCUUGCCGUGACAUCUGCUCUUUUGCACUGUUCCUCUCAGAUUUCAAAUCAACGCAGAAAAGGUGCAUGGAUACACUUUAAAUUUGGAAAUUUCUGUCAAGCAGCAGGAAAACCAGAGAGAGAGAAAAUCCUUAUCUUGCAAUCUGACACCAGCAAAAUUUGAUUCUUCACAAUAAAUGAUUGAUCUAAGAAAAAACCCUAGGGAGAGUUCAUAUUUAAAGGUACAGUGAAGAGGCAAACUGCCCCAAACUGCUUGGCAACAGCAUCCCAAAAGGAAUUGCCUCUUUUGCUGUUGGAGUUUUGCAAAGGAAUUGCUUCCUCUGCUGCUGCCAGUCAUUUGAUCUGCCUUUAUCUUGGCCCCCUGCAGAUUCUUAGGAUGCUUGCCAUCACAUUUAAGAAUGUAUUUUUUGGAAUCACGGGAUCCGCUGCUUAUCUAGCCUUUGCAUUUCUCUAUGGCAGUCUUAACAGACUGUUAAUGACUCAAAACCAGUACUCAUGGCUGUUUCUAACAUGUUUGGCAGAAAGAGUUACCAGAUACUUGCUUCUAAGAUAAUCUUCAGCAACAGAUUUUUAAUCAAGGGAUCUGCAAAUGAUGUGUGGAGCAAAUGACAGAACCACUCUGUUCAAUCCAACUUCAGGCUGCCAAAGGCUGCCUUGCAGACAGCAUCUUUGAUAUGUGUCAAUAGGGAAGCACUACCACAGUUAGAAUUAGAGAUCCGCUAAAGAAAGAGCAAUGGCCUGACACCCAUUAGAACAGUUCUUUUGUGCAGUUUUUGAGCUUUCUAAGAAAAGUAGCGUUUAUGUCAAGACUGAGCAUUUAUGUCCAAAUAGGUCGCAUUCUAAGAGAAGAUUGAAGGUCUGCUGUUUGAAAAUGCAGGUUUUAAAAGUGCUGUGACUGGCUCACGGAGUCUUUCUCUUCAAACUUCUUUAGAUUUCUUUUCAAAAGUCUGUACUUUUUCCUCCUCACUGCCCUUGAAAAAAAUCAGAAAACUUGAUUAAGAAAGAAAAGAAUAAGGUAGACAAGAUCUUAAUAUGUUGCUGAAGCAAAUUAGGGUUUGCACCAAGGCAGUGCAGGUAAGUUUUGCCUGGGCCAUUUACCCUUAGCCAAAGGAGAGCCCUAGUGUUUUUGGUGUGGGACUUGCAUAUGUGCCUGUGGUCAGGGUUUGCACAUUUGGCUAUGCCACUAUGUGCAAUUGAGGCACUGGAUUAAUCCAUUUGAAAAAUACUGAUUAAAAAUAUGUCAGAGGUUUUUAAAAGUGAAUAUGGAGGUUUGUUUAAAAAACAUGACUAAAUCAAUUUUGCUUUUAAAGAAAAGAAAUGUAGAUGGUUUGGACAAACUGCACUUUUAGGCAUUGCUGUAUUCACUUACUUGUUUUUAAACUGCUGCGCUUUUUUUGUACAAAACUUUUAUAAUGUUCCUCUGCUGGUUAUCUGGGGUUGAUUAUCUUAGAGUGCAUCUCACUGGGAUGAAGAACCUUGUCUCUGGUUCUGAAUAUAGGUAAUCAUUUUGCUCCCACACCUGUCAAUGUAUUCCUGUCUUCAUUACCUGUUCUUUAUACAUCAUCUUUAUCCUGGAGAAUUCGAAACACUGUUCCAUGAGAAAGCAUAAGGAACAGAGAAGUUAGGGGUUGCACUGGCUGCCGCAGAGUGAAUUGGUAAAAACAUAAAACUGGAACUGUUGUAGUUUGAUUGUCAGUUUUGUAUCAUGAGUGCUGAUUUAGACAAUGCUAUCCUUUUCUCUUCUGGUAACUGUCUUUUAUGGCUUAGAAGGUGGUUCUGCUGCACAUAUCUGUCUGUGAUCAAGACCUGGUUUUCAAUAGCGUGAUACAGAUUGGUUUUACAUUAUUUCUGUGAAUGAGGUUACAUACGGUGCUUGCUAAUAUUAGGGUAUUUCACAUGGAUUGUUAGCCACCUUUGUGCUUGUGAUUAGAGCAAUACAUUUUGAAAGUAGGUGGAAAACAACAAUAUUCUGUGCUCUACUAAUUCAUGCAUUAUUUGUUAACAGAUGAAAAUUAUUUGUGGGAAUGUUAUACUGAAGGGUAUUAUAUCUAUUAAAAAAUAUUAAAAUAUUAUGUACUCUG